AUGGACGCCACUUUCCUCUCGUUUGAACACGAGCAAUAUGCGACGGACGAGAUUUACGACAAGGCUGUCAAGAAUCACAUCGCAAAGAUCUCAAGACUCUUUAAAGAUCAAGGUUCUGCUGUCGUGGCCAAUGCGCCGCAGCUUCUAGAGAUUGUCCACCCAACCAACCACUCGAUCUCGCACCUGGCGAUUCUUAACACAUUGAAGCACUACGACGAAACUGCGCGUCCCAUAUCUCCCGAUGCCUUCCGAGAGUACAUACUCCGAUUUCUAUUGUCAUUCGACCAAAGGCAAAUACGCUACAUCGGUGAUGUCUUUUACGACUUGGUGAAGGAUGUCGUGGAGUGCAAGUACUUUCCGGCCCGUCAGGCAAUUGAGAUUGUUGCCAUCGUACUGAGACGACUUGACCCCGAUUCUGCCGUGCUCACUAGCAUCCACACUGCUGUGAUCAAACUGGCCUACGAGACCGAUAAUAUUGACCAGGCGCUGCCCAUUAUCGAGAAGCCCUGGGUUUUUCUUCCCGGAAUGAAGAACCAAAGCCAGCCAGCAUACCUAUGCGAUAGGUCAGCUUCUCCCGCUGCCUACAUUAAUUCAUCCACACACCUCACCCACCAACUCAACCGGGAGGAUGUGAUGCAGCACGAAUAUCUCACCGCUCAAAUUUUCACUGCCAAGCUGAGAUGGCUCGACGCAUUCAAAGCAUAUCAAAGGAUUAUCACAUGGCCAGCACGAGACGGGGCAACGAGCAAGAUCAUGACCGAGGCUCACAAGCGGUGGAUUCUCACCGGACUUUUGAGCCUCGGCCAAACGCCAACACUGCCGAACCACAUCAGCCCGGCUGCCACGAAGUCCUUUACGUCCCUUUCCAAGCCGUACGCGGACGUCGCCGCGCUGUUUUCGACCACCAACGCAGAACAGUUCAAAGCUGAGAUUGACAAGGGCAUCGAGACGUGGAACGCUGACCAAACUACGACCCUGCUCAAAGAGGUCGUGAAAGCGUACCAGCAGUGGCAAAUUCUUGGUCUCGCUGAUGUCUAUCACAAGAUCAGCGUUUCAGAAAUACGUCAGAACACGCUCAGCGCCGAGACGGCUAGCAAUCUCGAGACGGACCAGCAGGUUGAGGAACUCCUCCUAGAGAUGAUAAACAGCGGUAUGCUCCAGGGAGUGCUAGAGACGAGUCUCGAAGGCGCCAAAUGCCUCACAUUCCUUCCCCGCGACCAAGAGAUUGAGUACAAUGAGUACCAGAGAAAGAUUAAGGACGACGCUCGCAUCCAUACGCUCAACAAGUGGACGCAGACGAGCGACGCUCGCCUCGCCGCCUCAAAAGAUUAUGCCAAGCACAUCAUACGGGAACAGAAGCGACAGGACAAGGACGGCCAGUCUCAGAACGCGGAGCUCGGCUUCGACGCGUCGAUUGAAGAUGAGGAUCUCAUGACUGGGAUCCAGCACCCUUAG